AUAAGCACACAGCGGUCUAUAUUCAUUUUCACCUCCUGCGGCCUGCCUGAGAGUCGCUAGUCUAGUACAAAACAUAACGUUCAAACUUGAAGAUUUCCCAGCCAAAAAAGACAAGAAACAAAUAAAAACAUUGGGAAUCUGUUUGCCUUCGUUUAUUCUUAAAAAUGAUGCUCUCAGUCUCAGUCUGAGCAAAAGUUCCUACCCUUUUCUCAGUUUUCUAUUAAACCUCUGUAACUGAGCCCCUCCCUCUUUGUAUCUUUGGGGCAACUUACAAUACAUUAUUUUAGAAAAAUAGAGAAAGGAAAGCUGAAAACAAAGACAGUCAUGCUACCAAUGUCCAGCAGCGCCGUUUGGAUGGGCGGAGACGAAGAUGACGCGGCGUCUUGGACCAGAAGCAGCAGCAACAACAACAACAACAACAACAAUAAUAACGAGGGAGAGCCCAAAAACGAGCAACAGUCGAGCUUGGGUGCUUCUUUUUACAACUUCAAAUCGAUGCUGGAAGGUGACUGGUACAUGAACAAUGUUCUCAACCCAACUCAUCACCAAGACCUCCAUUCCCUCCCUAACCACCGCCAGCCAGAUAUCAGAGACAUUGCCUGCUUCUCUGAAAACACACUUAUGCUGCAACCAAUGGACUCCUCCGCUUCCUGUUCUCCCUCUCAGGCCUUCUCUCUCGACCCUUCACCGCCACAACACUUGUUCCCCCCCAAAUCCUGCUUCUCUUCUCUCCUCAACGUCGUCUCCACCAACCCUUUUGACAAUGGCUUCGAUUUGGGCUGCGACAGUGGCUUUCUCAGCUCCUUCCAGGGAAACCAACCUUCCAAUUCCUCUGCUUUAAUGGGUUUCACGGCCCUCAAUUCUCAGUCUCAGAUGGGUACUCCCGAACUGAGUUCGAGCGCCGAGUUCCCAACGACUCGGUUGCUGCCAGCGCCCAACAACGACACUGAGCUCGAUGGCGACUUUAGCCUUACGGGCUUCCAAGGCUUCGAUGGCUCUGGGGGUGCUCAGCUACUCAACAGGGCUAAGCCACUGCGACCCCUUCACGUAUUCCCUCCCGUGGGUGCUCAUCCCACUCUCUUUCAGAAGCGAGCAGCGCUUCGUCAAAACUCCGGCGGUGACGGGACCGAUAAAUUGGGGAAUUUGGAGAUUUCGGGGCCCAGAUAUGGAGGAGUUUUAGAAAGUUUGGAGAGGAAGAGGAAGAAGAACGUGGAGGGUGAAAUGGAGGAAGGGAGUAUGGAUGUGUCUGGUUUGAAUUAUGACUCGGAUGAGUUUAAUGAGUAUAGUCAAGUGGAGGAGAAUGUGAAGAAUGCUGGAAGCAAUUCUAACGCCAACAGCACAGUCACUGGUGUUGACGGAGACCGCAAGGGCAAGAAGAACGGUUUACCGGCGAAAAAUCUGAUGGCGGAGAGGCGGCGGAGGAAGAAGCUCAAUGAUAGGCUCUACAUGCUUAGGUCUGUUGUACCCAAGAUAAGCAAGAUGGAUAGGGCGUCCAUAUUAGGGGAUGCAAUUGAUUAUUUGAAAGAGCUUCUACAAAGGAUUAAUGACCUCCAUAACGAGCUGGAGUCUGCCCCACCUGGCUCCUUGUUGCCACCUUCAUCAAGCUUUCAACCAUUGACGCCCAUUCCACCCACCCUUCCCUGCCGUGUCAAAGAAGAGCUCUGCCCAAGCUCCUUUCCAAGCCCCAAAGGUCAACCUGCAAAGGUGGAGGUUCGGGUAAGGGAAGGAAGAACUGUUAAUAUCCACAUGUUUUGUGCCCGUAGACCAGGGCUCUUGCUCUCUGCUAUGAGGGCCUUGGACAACCUUGGUUUGGACAUCCAGCAGGCAGUGAUCAGCUGCUUCAAUGGGUUUGCUUUGGAUGUGUUCCGUGCUGAGCAAUGCAGGGAAAGUCAAUUCUUGCCUGAGCAAAUUAAAGCAGUACUUUUGGAUUCAGCAGGAUUUCACGAGAUGAUGUGACUCAAGGCUGAAGCAGUUCAAAAUUGCAGCUUAGAGAGAUGGAGGCGCUAAUAUAACGGUGUGGUUUGCAGUACCUCAAGUAGCUUGUAAGUUGUAAAUGCAAUUGCUUCUCAUUCCCAUUUGUAGAGCCUAGGCCUAGAGCUAGAGAUGGUGAACUGCAGAUCAAAGUUUGUCAGCGAAUGUCCGGAGAGGUUUAAUAUAUCAUCUGUUGUUGUAGUGAAUAUGUUGUAUUGAAUCAGCCAAUAACUGGCAUGUUAUCUUCAGUAACUUCAGCUCUUGAAAUUCA